AUUGGCAGAGAACUACGCCUAUGUGGAGUAAAAGCUCCGCCGUGACCUUUCUUGCUUUCCGCCAAUAGGUGGUGAGCACCGGCUCCGGCUCGUUGCCGGCGGAGCGUGACGAAGGCCAGCAGCGGACAGUCGGUGCAGCAUGAGCCGGGUUGUGUGGGCGGCCUGGCGGUUAGGCAUCGCUGCCGCACGGGGCCCAGCUGGGCGGCCGCUCAGCCAGGCAGCAACUGGUGGCGCAGAGGGUGCCGGAGCUGAAGGUGGCGGCGGCGGCGGCUCAGGGUCGCGGGAGGCUGUGGAGCGGCUGGUGCGGGCACACCCGGUGGUGGUGUUCAUGAAGGGCAGCCCGGCGCAGCCCCUUUGCGGCUUCAGCAACGCCGUAGUGCAGAUCUUGCGCCUGCACGGUGUGGAGGACUACAAUGCCCACGACGUCCUACAGGACCCCGACCUCCGCCAAGGAAUUAAGGACUACUCUAACUGGCCUACCAUCCCACAAGUAUACCUCAAUGGUGAAUUUGUUGGUGGCUGUGAUAUACUCCUCCAGAUGCAUCAGAAUGGAGAUCUUGUAGAAGAGCUGAAGAAGCUAGGAAUUCGUUCAGCACUUCUGGAUGCAGAAAAAGACAAAGACAAAAAGUAACACGAGGGGGAAAAACAGAGAUGCUGUGACAGGAGUAAAGCAAAUCUUCAAUAAAAACUUGUUACCAGUAAUGCCUUAUGUACUUCAGCUCAAAGAAGGCAUCUUUUUGAACUGACACUUAAGAUUUAUCUAUGAAUGUCUCAUGGUAGAUGUAGUGAUCUUGAUAUUUUGAUCUGUGGAUAUUGUGAAAAUUUGAGUAUAACCACUGCACUGUGGAAUUGUGGAAAUAAUCGUGGAAAGUUGUGUUUUAAAAAAGAACAAGCUCACUUCUAAAAGCAUUCUGGUUUUGAUUGAGGUGGGAGUAAACCAAAAGAACUAAUAAUAUUUUUAUGGAUUUUGUGUGUGUGUUACUCUGUUUUUUGAUACAUUAACCCAUGCAAACAGUAACUGUAUUCCCUUGCUUUUCUCUCCAAAAAACAAAAAGGGUUAGUACAUAAUAGUUCCUGGUGAUAAGACUUCCUGAGAGCCUGUGAAACUUCUGUAAUCACAUAUGAUAUAGAAGAGUAGUUUUCAAACGAUAUAGGAAGAAAAAGAUUUUGAGGGUGCAUGAAAUACACUUUUAUUCCAAAGGAUAACAAUAAACAGACUUGUACAAAAACAUGCAUAAUGCUCGUUACUUUAACAUUUGGAUGGCUUUUAAAAGAUUGCUGAGAAUUGUGCCUAAAGAUUUUAUAAAACCUUUUCUACCUCUUGCAGAGCAGCUUUUCCCCCUGCUUAUAUACUUUUGGUAUUGGAGUCCUGUGUUAGUGUUAAAAUGUGAGCAUUGUUUGAAGCUUCAGUAUUCCAGCUUGAAGUAGUACAGGAGAAUACUCCUGUGCUACUGUAGUCUUGUAUUAUUUGCUAGUUACUGUGUUAUGUUUUUACGUUUGUUGUAUUUUCUCACUACUACGAAGACUAUGGUUGUCAAACAUUGGGUGUACAGAUGAAAUGUUUCAUGUAGAUGAGUGCAGUAGAGAGAGUACUGAGUAUGUAAGUACUCUUUCAUGGAAAUUCUCUGAUGUCUUUAAUACCUAUCUAUCCACAUUUCCCUAAUGAAAACAAAUUACAUUAAUCAGUGUAGCUUCAGCUGUAGAGAAAUACUGCUAAGGCUAAAAGCUAACCAAGCUGUUCUGAAUGCAUUGUACUUCUUAUUCGUAUAAAUCAGUUUGCAUGUGAAUAAAUCUAAUGAUUGGAAAUAAACUGUGUUUUAUGUUUGAUUGA